GAUUCCGCGCGAGGAGGCGAGAUGGAGCCGCUCUGAAGGCGCCUCGGGAUCCGACCCGCGAUGGGCGCCGAGAUGAACGCCUCCUCCUCCUCUUCUUCUUCUGACCUCUCCUCCUCCUCCAUGGGCCCCCCCACGGGCGAGGGGUGCCUGGGGCCCUGCCCUCCCCCCGGGGGCCUCUCGGCGCCUCUCUCGGUCUUCCUGGCCGCCCUCAUGGCGCUCCUGGUCCUGGCCACCGUCUGCGGCAACGCGCUGGUCGUGGUGGCUUUCGCCCUGGACCGCAGCCUCCGCACCCAGGGCAACUUCUUCUUCCUCAACCUCGCCAUCGCAGACCUCCUCGUGGGUGGGUUUUGCAUCCCCCUCUACAUCCCCUACAUCCUCACGGGUGAAUGGAAGUUUGGGAAGGGCCUCUGCAAAGUCUGGUUGGUGGUCGAUUACCUGGUGUGCACGGCCUCCGUUUUCAACAUCGUCUUGAUCAGUUUCGACAGAUUCAUCUCCGUCACGAAGGCGGUGAGUUACCGAGCUCAGAAAGGGGUGACCAAGAAUGCCGUUGUGAAAAUGGUGAUGGUGUGGGUCGCCGCUUUCCUCCUCUACGGUCCAGCCAUCAUCAGCUGGGAGCACGUCACCCAACGUAGCAUCGUUCCAGAGAAAGAGUGCCACGCUGAGUUCUUCUACAACUGGUACUUCCUCAUGAUCGCCUCCACCAUUGAGUUCUUCACGCCUUUCAUCAGCGUGACCUACUUCAACCUGAGCAUCUAUUUCAACAUUCGGAAACGGACGCCCAUAAGGACCGAGAACCUCACUCCCGGCGAACGCGACUGCGAGGUGUGCUCCCACGGGAAGAAGCAGGAGCACGCCAUCUUUUUUAUGAAAGUGAGCCGGAAAAGGAACAACGAGCGAGCCGGCAGCCUCUCUCCAACCAAGUUGGCCACAUCGAAGCUCAACGGCCACAACCAGGACAACCAGCUGGUAGAAUUCAACAUCGACCAAGAACUCCCACCUUUACAAGUGGAUGUUCGGUCCAAAUCUCCAUGGGAUGGUUUCUACAAAGCUCUCGAGAGCAUUUCCAACAACACGAGGAAGAUGGAGGUGGCCAACACCAUGGCUAGUCGGUUUCGGCUUUCCCGAGACAAAAAAGUGGCCAAGUCUUUGGCCAUCAUUGUCUGUGUCUUUGCUUUCUGUUGGGCUCCGUACACCCUCCUGAUGAUCAUCCGAGCCGCUUGCCAUGGCCAAUGCAUCCACCAUGCUCUCUAUGAAGCGUCGUUCUGGCUCCUGUGGCUGAAUUCGGCCAUUAAUCCCAUUUUGUAUCCCUUGUGCCACAUGAGCUUUAGAAAAGCGUUUUUUAAACUGUUGUGCCCAGGCAAGGCGAAAAUUCACCCGAAUGUUUUCUCAUAACAUCAUGCAAAGCCGGUAACAAGGAAUUUUAAUAUGGAUGCAUUUAGCAUCUCAAAAGAAAUUCUACGAGGGUUGAAUGAAAAGUAAUGCCUCCACCUUCGUAACUCCUCAACAGAUGGCAGUACUGGCAUGCGGCAGGUACUGGCUUGUUC